AGUCGAGAGCGAGCUUUGGUAUGGUGUAGAUCGAGGGCUCUCAGUCCGAGAUAUACAACGGUUACGUUUACGUCGUUAUACAACGCGAGUCAAAAUUAUUUCGCAUAUAAAAAAUAAAAAAAAAACUCAAUUGAAGUGUCCUCACAUAAAAAAUAUUUUUUGGAUAAUCGUGUCAUUAUUUUGGAUUAUGUUGAUUGUGAUCUUGUGGUUUAAAUUUCCAAGUGAUUAUUGUUAUUUUUAGUGAGUGUUUCUAUUUGAAGGAUUAUUAUCUCUGUGUUAUCUUUUUAAAUUGGAUUUUCAUUUUGCAUGAAAUAAGGUACUCAGGAACAUUUCCAGUUAUUCAUCGUUGGAUAUCAGAUGCAGAAGACUAGCAAGUUACUCCAUGAGAAGCUGUGCAAUACGAUGAUACAAAAUUAGAAACCUGAUCAGGGAUUAACUAAGACAAUCAAAAAUGACGUCAACACACAAAUUUCUACUCCUCCUUCUGCGGAUAUCUACUUAUCACUUAUUAGGUUUGGCGGAACAAAUGGUUGAACAAAAAUUCGCCAUGGAACCUCAAGACCAAACUGCUGUAGUCGGAUCUAAAGUAACGUUGCCAUGUAGAGUUAUAGGAAAAAGUGGAAUUUUACAAUGGACAAAAGACGAUUUCGGUUUGGGAAUGCAUAGAAAUCUUAGUGGUUUUGAUAGAUAUUCAAUGGUUGGAAGUGACGAAGAGGGUGAUUACUCACUUGAGAUAUCACCAGUGAUGUUAGAUGACGAUGCGAAAUACGAAUGUCAAGUAUCCACUGGAGCCCAAGGUCAAAUGGGAAUCAGAUCUCAUUUUGCUAAGUUGACGGUAUUAGUUCCACCAGAUCCUCCGAAAAUAAUUCAAGGUGAUUAUCUUGUUACAACGGAAGAUAGAGAAAUUGAAUUGGAAUGUAUCAGUCACGGCGGCAAGCCUGCGGCUGAAAUUACGUGGAUUGAUGGCUUAGGAAACGUUAUGUCUGAUGGCAUAGAAAAUAUAGUAGAGAAGCUCCCAGACGGCAAAAGAUUUACUGCGAAAUCAAUAUUAAAAUUAACACCAAGAAAAGUUCAUCAUAAUACCACUUUUACUUGUCAAGCACAGAACACCGCCGAAAGGACCCAUAGAUCGGCGAAAUUGAAAUUAGAGGUUAAAUAUGCUCCAAAAGUUUCGGUGUCUGUUCUUUCGGGAUUGGGUUCCAACGGACGUAUACCAGAAGGAUCGGAAGUUAGAUUGGGUUGUAAAGCUGAUGCUAAUCCAUCCGACGUUACUUAUAGAUGGUUCUUAAACGACGAACCAGUUCUAGGUGAUUUCAAUACAGAAAUGAUUCUCCAUAAUGUCACUAGAAAACACCACGACGCUAUAGUGAAAUGCGAAGUUCAUAACGCAGUCGGAAAAAGCUCGGAAAGUCAAACCCUAGAUAUUAGCUAUGGUCCCCAGUUUCGUACUAGGCCGAAGUCAGUGCAAGCUGAUUUGGGCUCAAGUGUUACUUUAUCUUGUGACGUUGACGGUAAUCCUGUUCCUGAUAUUUCUUGGUUUCACGAAGAUCAGCAUAAAAUUGUUAGUACCAGUCCAAAUUUGACGUUGCGGAUAGAUCAAACCACCGCGGGAAGAUACUAUUGCAAAGGGAAAGUACCGGGAUUUUUAGAAAUUGGCGCUGAAGCAACCGUUUAUCUAAAAGGUCCUCCAUCUAUAAUAAGCCACAAAACCCAAUUCGGAAUCGAGGGAGAUAACGUUAGAGUGGAAUGCACGGCUUUUUCAAUUCCGGCACCAGAGAGAGUUGUAUGGACGUUCAAUGGACGUGAAGUGGAUAUCAACGAUCAAGACUAUUCGAUACUAGAAGAUCCUCUACCGGAAGGUAUCAAAUCGACGCUUAUCAUUCGAGAAUCACAGGAGAAACAUUUCGGGAUGUACAAUUGCAGUGUUUCUAACCCGUACGGAAGCGACGUUGUCGAAAUUAGUCUAAUGCCCCAAAAGAGUUUUCCAAUGUUGAUUAUCAUCAUUGGAGUUGCUGGAGCCAUCAUCGUCAUAAUAAUAAUCAUAAUGAUUAUAUUCCUUUGUCAAAGGCAGAACAAUAAGAAACAAUCCCCAGAAAGAGACGUGAAUACGAUGGAGAAACAAUGUAAGGAAUCAGAUAGAAGCUCAAAUAUUUCUGAUCUGAAAUUAGACUUGAGGACGGGUUCUUCUAACAGUAAUGUUCAUUGCGAUAUGGAUUAUAUACCGGGCGCGGAAUCGGAAACUGGUAGUGAAUCGGUUAUAACUAGAAUUGGUGUACCUUUAGCCGGACCUGUUAACGUUCCCGGACAGGAUAUGUACAGAUAUUCAGCCGAUUAUACAGAACCGAGUUUUCCACCAAAGGAUGGUCAAAAUAACAACGGUUAUGUACCGUACGUGGAUUAUUCAAGAGAUUAUAAUCCGCCUAUAAUGCAACCUCCUAUUACGUCUUCUGUCGAUCCAACCAGAGAGACUCUUCAAUCAACUCGUCUUCAAUUAAACUCCCUCCAAAAUCACCAGCUUCCCGUUUUAGGAUCUGGUUUACCAUUGAACGAUUUAUCUGAUCUUCAUUUAUCGCAUCAGGGAAUACCUAAUGGAGGUUUAUCUUCCAUAGAUCCACGAUUCAGUGCGACGUACGGUAAUCCCUAUUUGAGAAAUCCGAGCGUCGGUCUUCCGACGCCGAAUACGGCGAAUCCUUCGGCGACGCCGGCGCCUCCGCCAUAUUCCAGAGAUAAUUCCAGACUAAUUAGUUCUAGUGCCAUGAUAACUGCUAGUGCCAACGUGGUAAAUACCGUAGUGGCCAACGGGGCGAACGGGUCGUUGCCGCAAGUAACUCGAUUACCGAACUCUCCUACGAGUCAAUAUAUAGUUCCAAAUUCGAAUAUGGCCACGCUCAAAAGAGGAACAAUGGCCACUCACGUGUAGUGUAGUACUUUUCUCCGGAAAUGUGUUGUAGGCGAAGAAAUUUAUCAAAAAAAAAACAUUGAAUGAGGAAAGUAAACACUGAAAUCGUUUCAUAUCUCAACGUUUCUUUCAUAUUUUGUAAAAACCAAUCUUAUAUACCAUCAAUAUCCUGAAAUAUACAGUGAGAUCGAUUCACGAUCGAUAUUUUGGUGGUAGAAACUUCUUGUUAUGUUUCGUAUGUACUUGACACUUCAUAUUUUUUUGCUCAAUAAGCGUUUAUUUUCGGCAGCUACUUGUAUAAAUGGAAACUAGUAACUUAACCCCAGCUCUAACGAUCAAAACUUUAUUCUAAAUGGUGUUAUUAUCAGGGAUAUGUAUACAUACAUAACCUCAAAUACGUCAACCCUUCGAAACUUUCGAAUUUACUAAUUACUAUUUCAGCAAAAGUUGCAUUUCUAUGAGGAAAACAGAAACUUAACCUCACUUUUAACGAUCAAAAGUAUUGUAUUUUAACGAAUAUAUUCGACGUUUCCUUUUUUUUUUUGAAAAUUUUUUCAUUCACAAGCGUUCAUCUUCAACAGCAGCAUGUCUGUAACGAAACUGAACCUUACUUUUAACGAUCAACGGUAUGUUGCAUUUCUGUAAAGAAAACAAAAAAAUAACCUUCCUUUUUACGAUCAACAGUAUGUUUUAAGUGAGCGACAUAAUUUCCUAAACCCUUCGAAACUUUCUAAAUCUUGUACUUUCUCAAAUAUACUCGACGUUUUGUGAUUUUUUUUAAAAUUAUUCGUUCUAAAUCGUUCAUUUUCAACAACAGCUGUAUCUCUAUAACUUAACCUCACUUUUAACGAUCAACAGAAUGUUCUUAGUAGCGUCAUAAUUAGGGACAACUGUUUAAAUAACCUCAAAUAUGUUCACAACUUUUCGAGAUUAUUCAAAUAUUGUAUUUUCUUGACUAUUUCCUUCGAAAAAUUUAAGCCAACCAAAAAGCUGUAAUAUUUUAUGUUUACCUAGCAACGAUCAAAUUUCAGCGAUAAUACUGCACUAGUGCAAAUUAUCGAUAAUACUGCACUAGUGCAAAUUAUCGAUAAUUUUCACUAGUGCCAAAUUUUCGUCUAGGAUUGAUAAACAUAAUUUGGUUUUAAUUUUAUAUUUUAAGAAAAGGAACAAUUAUUGAAAAUGCAAUUAGAAUAUACAACUUUACUGGAGGCCGACGAUGGUGUUUCUAUGCUGCUUCCACCACUUCUUAUUGUUACUUCGCUACUGUCAUUUCGCAUUUUUUGUACAAUUUCCUCGUGGUGUUCACUAUUUACUUGGAGGUAACUCUUUAUCGAGGCCUGAUUUGAGUGUCCGGUAACCUUCAUAAUUUGAUUUUCUGAAACCCCAACCUUGGCAAGCUGAGUAACUGCCGCAGCACGGUUCGAGUGAUUUGUCACUUUUAUUCUUUUCGUGUCAAUUCCUAUAGCUUCCGCUGCAUCUCUUGUCCACUUUGAAAUUUCAUUUCGUCCUACUGGACAAUUUUUAAAAAAACCUUUUGAUGUUUCUUUCAUCCAUGAUGGGUUUACAGUUAAGAAAAGACGAUCGACCGUAAUAUGUUUUCCUCUUUUUUCUUUCAACAUUUUAAAAAGCCUGCAAAAUUAUAAUGAUAGAUUGUUUGAUAUCAUGCUUUACAUUAAAUACCUUAUUGGGCAUUUAUCAGGCUCGGUGGUGUUUUGAACUAACCAUCUUUUUUCUGUUAACCUAUGACUCCCUCCUUGCGCUGUCUUAGAAACAAUAGGAUUAUAAGCUAUGCGUCCUGUAGGGUUGCCGUAGUUGUCAAAUUCUUCUUCAAAGUAACUCAAAAGGCAAUUACAUGCUUCUCCUCCUCUCCACGCUAGUUCAUAUGAAGCAAUAUGAAAGAACUUGCGUUGAUGUUCGUCCGGAGUCGACUCGUCCCAAAUGGCACACAUUUUAUCAAUAUCUUGUCCUGAUAAGCUAGAUGCACUUGUUUUUCUUUUUUCAGGACACUUUUGCAACUGCUUCCUUUUUGCGUCUCUCGCAGUUCUGGCGCAUUCAAACGUUACAUCUUUAAAAGGAUCGAAAAUAAUGUUAAACUCUUCAUAACAUUUUUGUUGCAAAAUUUUCGCUACUGUAUUCCAAAGUGUUUUGACAACACCUUCUUUAUAUUCUUCCCCAUCACUACGUCUCAUGUUGAAAGCGAAAUCUCUUAGAAUUACGGCCAGCUGUGCGACAGAAGUUUCCAUGUUCAAAGUGUAUUUUCGUUCAUCACAAAAUUGUUGAAACUGUCGCCACGCAGAAUCUCUCGACUUUUUCGUAUUCAGUGGAGUUAGUUUAUCCACUGCGGCGUCUAUUACUUGCGUGGAAUUCUGGCCAAAACGUAAACUCAUUUUGAAAUAUUUUUUCACGAACAAAACUGUUGUCAAUAAGUUACCGUAGAUACCAAUUCAAUGCCAAUAUGAUGAUCGUCAACUAAGGUAUAAUUUAAAGAAUAACAAAUUUUAAAAACAGAAUUAAGUUUAUUUUAAAUUAAAUUUUUCUCAGGAAAUAGUCUGCCAAAACGCCCUCUCGUGCAUGUCAAAUUGUCUCAUAAUUUCCUCUCGUGCGCAUUCGCGCACUCGAGAAAAUUAAAUUAUCGACAAUUUGACAUGCACUCGGGACAUUAAUAUUGAAUAUAUUCGACGUUUCGUUUUUUCUUUGAACUUUUUUCAUUCAAGAAUCGUUCAUUUUCAACAGCAGCAUGACUGUAACGAAACUUAACCUCACUUUUAAACGUCGUCAUAAUCAUGAAUGUGUCUAAAUAUAACCUUAAAUAUCUUCAAAACUUUCUAAAGUUAGUGAUAUUUUCGGUUUAUCUUUCAUAAAUCGUUCGUUGUAAUCUGUUCACGAUCGCACUGUAUAUGAAAUAUAAUUUCCGAUUAAUGUUAAAGCUUCACAAUCAGUGAUUACUUUUGCGUUCAUAUUUUUAAUUAAAAAAAUAGAGUUUUCGGGGUGAUGUUAAAAUAUAAGUGAAUUUAUAAAAAGACUGAAUAUUAAUAAUUUUCUCUUUAGAAAAUAAUAAAUUAAAAAGAAAAACUGUUCAUAUUUGGAUUAAUACCCAAACGGAACGCAACUUUACUAGACAAUUAAAUUAAUUGAAACAAAUGGUCGAUUAAAACUUAAUCAGAAAAGUAAAACAAAAUUGCUUUGUGAAAUUUGAUGGAGUUUACACGCUGUUUUUCUUAUUUUUCAAUCUAUAUAAAAAAUGUAACAACACUGUUGAAACUUUCAAUAGCUUUUCAUGAAUAAUUAUCGUUCCGUGUGGUAAUUCUAUAAAUAAAUCAAUUUUUUGUUGUGUGUCAUCUGCUAGUGAUUUUUUUGCUCUGUUUUAUAAGUAUAUGAAUAAAAUAGAUUUUUUUAUUUUAUGUCAUCUAUCAGUGGAGAUUUUUCGUUCUGUUAGUUAUAAUCAUUGAUAACUAAUUAUUGUGAUUGAUGCUAGACAAAGUGUUGACUCCAUCAAAUGAUAGGAAUGCAUAUUUUUCAUUAUUUAGUGAGUAAUUUUUAAUUUAAAUUGCUUGAAAUAUUAUGCAUUCUUACACAAAACAAUUACCAAUCAUGUACAUAUCAAAAUUAGUCUUUUUAGACUGGUUUUAUAUCGAAGGUCAAUUCUUUAUUCAAGAUUUCAAAGAUUUCAUCAAUCUAGUAGUGUCUUGGAACUAGAUAUAUUUUUGUGAAACUUCCAAAACCAUUUGGUCUCAAAUUAAUUUUUCAUCUUUAUGAUUAUUUAAUGAAAUUCAAGUAGGUAAUGGGAAAUUUGUGAAAAAAAUUGGCACAAUCCAUUCUAUUUGAUACUUGCUCAGAAAUAUAAAACUGAUCAUUUUCCGUCCAACUUUCUGAAAAUAUAGGUUAUGUUAAUAUUUGAUUUCCUAUCAGAGAAAUUGAAGAUUUAAAAUAUGCGAUUGAAAGAAGAAGAAAUGUAAUCAGAGACAAAUUCUUCUUCUUUUCCUUGGGGUUUUCGUUAUUUUUGCUUGUGAAAAAGAAGAAAUCCACAAAUCUGUCUGGCAAAAGCAUUUACAAGGUCAAAUUGAAUGUUAUGUCAUUAUAUGUGCUUGGUAUAGAGCGCGCCCGUAUUCUUUAGAUUUUUGAGCAUUUGUGUUUAUGCACGCUCGACACGCAAGUGAUUUAUUCGAUUAGGACUUUCUAAGACGUGGAAAACUAUAAGUAAUUUUCCAAAUUUAGAAUAAUGAUCAUAGAAAAGGUGAUAAAUAAAUUAGGAAUCUGCGAAAGUGGAAAAAACACGUUUUCAUGCAGUUGAUUGACAAGUAAAAAAUACAAACUUGGGGAAAGUAAGAAAUAUUUUCGUUUGAUUGUGUUACAGGCCUUUUUAAGUUCAUAAUUGAAGCUUAUACACUUUCUGAGAAAUUACCAGCUUUCUUAAACAAUCUAUUCAGUGAAAUACUGUUUCAAUGUCGAAUUGAAUGGAUUGUGUUUAAUAAUAAAAUGUUCACCAUUUUUGAAAAGAAUGUUAGACAAAAAAGUUGCAAGUAUUCUUAAGAAAAUUCACAUUUUCAAUAAUUUUUUCACUCCUUCUCUCUUCAAUAACCAUAUUACCAACAAUUUUGAACGUUUUACUUCUAUAAAUUAUACAGGAUGUUUUUAAAUUUAUUAAAAAAAUAUCAGAAGAUUUAUUUCUUAUUGACAUUUAUUUAUGAAAAUAUAGUACGUAGGAAAGGAAUUCAAAGCCUAAUUCAUAGGUAAUUACCAUGGAAACCAUAUAUGUAAUAUUCCUGGAGGGCAGUUGGUAUGGGUAUAAAAAACUUUAUUGUUACAAAAACACAAUUUACAAUUUUUCAAGCGAAUGAACUUAAUUAAUUUCACGAUUGAAUUAACAAGAUUCACUGAAUGAAUUAGAUUCAUUAUUUUGAUGUUUAUAAUAUUCAUAUUUAUACUAAAAAAAUGCUGACAGUUGUUUAUGUAAUUUGAUCUUUAUGCGUUUUACUUUUUAGAACGUUCUGGAUUUUUUUCACAUAACUAGAGUUGUAAUUUCGUCCCUAUAUAACUUCAGCGAAAUAUUGAAAAAAAAUAUCAAAUCACAAAAUUUUUAUUCACAAAAAUCCGUAAAAAAAUAUUUACCACCAACUUGAAUUAUUGGCGUUAAAACUUUCAGUAGAUUGGGGUUAAUGGUUAUACUAUACCUAAAAGCUUGAAUUUAGAAACACCCUGUAUACUGAUAUGUUCAUCUUUUAGUUAUUAAUAUUCGUUUUUUUCUUCAAAUUGUUAUCCUAACAAUAUAAUCCGAAAUGUUUUUCUGUUAUAAAUUUGAAAUAUAUAUAUUUAUAAAUACCAAAGAUAUUUUUUGUAUAGUAAAUUCUAAUAAAUGUAUAUUUUUGAAAAGUCGAUUCAACGAUAAAUCACAUCAUAGGAGAAAACGUUGGCCUACAUUGUAACAUUUAUUUUAAUUAUUUUAAGUGCAAUUUCGUAUUUUUUGUACUUAAAAAUCAUAUUUAAUAACAAUGUUUUAUCACAGAGAAUUUUAACAGAUUGAAAUUUUUCUUUAUUGAUAAAAUAUCACGCGUUCAUCCAUAUUUCAACUAUCAGGAAUUUUUAUCCAUUUAAAACCGAAUCCAUUAAAUUUUUUCUUCAUUUUCAUGCAAAUAGUUCAGAAAAAGUGAUGGUCAUUAAAACAACACGAAAGGCUAAUAGAAUGUGCACGUGCUCAUGAGUGUUUAUAUAACAAACAGUAAUCUGGAUACAACAAAACUUAAAUUUGACAGAUUAUAGGCACUCAUUUUCCCAUUGGAAAAUACCAUGACAAGAACUGGUGAUUAACUUCCUGAUCUAAUCGACAAUCAAGUUUUUUUAUUGAAUUUUAAGUCAGUGCUCAAUAAAGAAAAGAUCAUAUAAACCCCGUUUCAUUCAUCUAUGUUCAAAAAUUCGUCUAGAUCUAUUUCGUUCAUUUUAAAAUAUUUUACAGCCACCCGCCAACGCCAUGUCAAAUUUCGCUUUGUACAUAUUUCUUUACACAUUUGAUACAGUAAAAUAAAUAUAUAAUUUGUUAUAAAUAAUUCCAAAUCGUUGAUUCGUGUUCAAAUUUCUUUAUAUACAUGUACCUUUAAGGUUAUGUUUACUAGUGAACCAGCGUCAUAUUCGUGUUCAUUCUAUACAUCGCUAAACUAUAAUUUUUGGAAAAAAAUUGAUGAAGCCGUCAAAUAGUUUUGAUAUUUUGGAGAUCAUUCUCAGUAAUUUGUUAUUAACAUUUUAGUUUUUUCAUAAAACCUAAAAAUACUGAAGCAAUCUCAACGCACUCAUUUACACAUAAACUCAAAUACUUUUUCACACUAUUUGAAGUCAUUUAAGAAGCCUGCGUGUUUUAGUAAAAAACUUUCAUGUUUAUUAGAGAAACUAUGAUAUUAAAAUAGUUUUUUUUUAUUUGCAUAUUACCAAAUGCUAUUUCAAGAUCUAAAUAUUUAAAAAAUAUAAUUUGGUUUAUUUGUUAAGCUAGAAUGGAAUUGUAAAAUAGCAGAAAUUAAGUAUACGGAUAGUAUUUUCGUCAGGUAACGAGUAAUUUAGUCGAGUAGUUAAUAUUCUAUAAUCUUUUUUGUUCACACGAAAUUAAAUAAAACCAUAAUGCUUUCAAAUACUCAUUAACAAACUUAAACUCAAAAACAUUUUGGUAUUUGUCUUCUAAACUGAUGUACUCGACUGAUCAUAUCUGUUCAAACUUGAUUUAGUGGCAGUUUAGUUAUUAGCUUGGAGGGGGGCUGUGGUCAAAAAUACUGGAUAUCGAAAAAUUAGCUCUGUACUCAUCAAAGCUUCGGUAGAUACUUUAAGAAGAUACUCCCGAAAUAUUUGCCGUUUUGGAAAUAACGUCAUCAUUUUUUGCGUUUCAUUUCUAUAAAUAUUCACAAUAAUUUGUUUGUGUUCGUCUUUCUUAUGCAGCUCGCCCCCCCUUUGCGGCUUUUUAUUUAUAGUAUUUCAUGCUACAACUGAUUUGGAUCAAUAAUGCUGAUCACACCCUAAUAAUCGUUUUGGUUAACUAUUUUUUUUUUUCGAUAAAUAGACUUUAGCCGUUUCUGAACUAGGCUUUAGUGACGUGACAUCGUACAUACACCAUAACACUUGACGUGAUAGUUUGCACACUAAAUACUAUUUUGUACGCAGUUUCCACUUGAUAAUACAUAACCUCAAACAGAAAUACACACAAACAGAGUAGCUAGGAAUAAAAUAAAAACUAGUUUAUAUUUUAAUUUAUAAUUAAAAACAAAGAGAAAUUAAUAUUAUCACAGUUUGUUUUUUACCAUAACGAAUUUAUUCACAUACGUAGAAUUGUCGUCUUCUUAAAUGACGUUGAUGUAUGUAAAAAGUUUUUGAGGUUAUGUGUUAAGAAAUGUAUAAAAUAGAAGUGUUUCGUUUUGUAAAAGUUAUGUCAUGUAUUCUAAGAGACGUUGAUAAGACUUAUUCGAUAAAUUUGUAAUAUUCUCUGUUUUAAACAUUGUCCCAUAUUCGUUUUUUGCUCAGUAAUUGUAGAUUAUCAUUUAUGUAUAAUUGUAUAUCUAUAAUUUGUGUUAAAUGUAUAUUUUUUGUAAGAUAUUACGAUAAUUUCAUAACAAGAAUAGUUUUUUAUUUACUAACUUUUUAUUAUAACGAAUCGACCGAAUGAAACUUAUCAGAUUUUCUUAUUUUAUUCGUUCGAUUUAUUUCCAAGUGAAUUAAAUAUAGUAUUGUUUAGCUCAAAACUAUGUAAAUAUAUAUAUCUGCGGAAAAGUUUUCUAUUCUAAUAGAAAAUCAUGUUACUAUUAUGUAAAAAGUUUUUUAAAUCUUGACAAAUAGCAAUAUUUAUAAAAUUUGUGAUUGUAAAAUAAACAUGCCUAU